AUGCGUUCGUCGUGGAUACUCUCUCAAUUAGCCGCGCUCUCCUGUUUGGCCCAGGCUUCCCCUCUGUUACCGUUCGGGGAGCAGCCAUAUGAUUCUAGUGUCAACCACAGUGAGCCUGUGCGUGGUGUGAAUAUAGGUGGGUGGCUUGUGUUGGAACCGUAUAUUACUCCGUCUCUAUUCGAGCGGUUUAGGUUGUCGGAGGACAGUGACGAGGGGAUCCCCGUGGACGAGUACCAUUUCUGUGCUAAGUUAGGGCUCGAAGCUGCAGAGGCAGUAUUGAAGACUCAUUGGGAUACUUUCUACAUGGAAACUGACUUUAAACAGAUUCGCGCGAUGGGGUUUAAUCUGGUGAGGAUUCCCGUUGGGUACUGGGCGUUUAGCAGACUGGCUAAUGACCCGUACGUGUCAGGAGUUCAGGAGAAAUACCUGGAUCUCGCGAUUGGAUGGGCGAAGAAACACAACUUGAAAGUGUGGAUCGAUCUUCACGGCGCAGCAGGGUCUCAAAACGGGUUUGAUAAUUCAGGCCUCAGGGAUCAGAUCAAUUUCUUGAACUACGAUGAGAACGUAGAAGUGACGUUACGGUCUAUCAAGUACCUGUUGGCGAAGUACUCUGGGGAGCAGUUUGCAGACACUGUGACUGGCAUCGAAUUGCUCAAUGAGCCCCUAGGCCCAGCAAUUGACAUGGGGAAACUGAAGUCUGCUUACUUGCAACCAAGCUAUGACUAUCUAAGAAGCACACUGCAAAAUAACGACCAAACUAUAGUAAUUCAAGAUGCCUUUCAACCUCCCCACUAUUGGGAUAGUUUUAUCAAUACGAGCUCUGCCAAUAUUAUCAUCGACCACCAUUACUACCAAGUGUUCUCGCAGGGUGAUUUAGCCAGAGGUACCCCCGAACGCGUGUCUGUGGCAUGUGGAUGGGGCCAGAGUACUUUGAAUGAGUUCCACCCAUCCGUUGCCGGCGAGUUCUCCGCCGCAUUGACAGACUGUGCCCAGUGGCUGAACGGUGUCGGGAUUGGAUCCCGCUACGACGGCAGUUUCUGGAAAAACGGACAAGGAUCGUACUUCAUUGGGACCUGCGAGGGGGAUGCAGACAUCGCUGAAUGGUCAGAAACACGCAAACAGGAUACAAGACGCUAUCUAGAGGCUCAGAUCGAUUCCUUCGAAAGGACCGGCGGCUGGAUCAUAUGGUGUUACAAGACCGAGAGCAGCAUCGAAUGGUCCACGCAGCUCCUAGCAAAAUACGGGAUGUUCCCACAACCGAUAACAAGCAGGCAGUACUUACCGCAGUGCUCCUGA